AUGGAGCCUGAGGCAGCCGGGGCCACGGAGCAAAAUGUUGUGGUGGGGAGGCAGCGAAAUCUCCUUACAGAGGAUCUUGAUCUGCCAGAGCACGUUCGAGAAGGUGUGCAGCAACUGUCGGACAGCCUCUGCGCUGCUGUGGAGCGGCUGGCGACCGAUCUUUACGAGAGCGAGUGCCACUUCCUGUAUGAGCUUGUGCAGAAUGCCGAAGAUGCGCACGCAAGGGCUCGGCCAGAGGACUCCGAGGAGCCCUGCCUGACCCUCCGCCUCGGGGCUCCUUGCUCAUCCUUCCUUCACGGCUACUUCAGCAGUGAGAGCAACGAAGCAGGUUUCACAGAGGGAGAUGUUACAGCGCUUUGUGGCAUCUCUGUGUCAUCCAACAUGGGCCGCAAAGGGAUUGGCUUCAAGUCCGUCUUCGCUGUCAGUGACCGUGCCCACGUUUUGUCAAAGGGCUUCACUUUCGUUUUUGACGUGCAAGGGCCCCUGGGCAAACUGGGUUACGUGACUCCGACGUGGCUGGAUGGCGCGGAGCUUUCGACUUUGCCAGCACAGGUGCGGCGCAGCCAUUCCGAGGGGAAGACAGUGUUCUUCCUUCCUCUCCGACGUGCUGGGCUGGCGUCGGCCAUCAGCCAGGAGAUGAAUGAGCUGGCAUCCGGGGGGCGGGCCUCAUUGCUUUUCCUGCGGCGACUGCGGUGUAUUGAGCUGCUUGACCAGCUUGCUUCGGCCCCGAGGCGGCUUCAGCGAACAGGCGACACAUCGACAGCCUCUCAGACAGCAGAUCCGCUGAGGUCCUGUUCCGUCAUCCUCGAGCAACAGCAGGAGCCUGGAAAAGUACAGCGGCAAGAGCACAGAUACAUGGUCUACCGGCACCUGGCAGCGGUGGAAUCUGAAGCCGUGCAGAGCAUGCACGUGGAGCUUGUGCUAGCGUUCCCGAUGCCAUCGUCGGAAGAGGAGCCGGAGACAUUCAGUCGCUGUGAGCCGCUUUUCCGCUUCUUGCCCAUCCGAAUGGUUGGAUAUGGAUUUGCUCUGCAUUGCGAUUGCUUCGACUUGGUGGCCAACCGCAGUGACCUGCGCCGUGGCUCAUUGCCGAAUCGAGUCGUUCGUGAUUCCCUUCCCCAGGCCUUUGUCAGAGCUUGCCAAGCUUCCCCACACAUCUCGCGCCGGGCCUUGGCAUUGCUGGGCGAGCCGGUGGCCGAUCCUUUCUGGAAAGUUGCAAGGGAAUGCAUUCUGGAGCAGCUCUCGGAUGUCUCAUGCUCCUCAGCAAGGGAGGAGCAGGAUCUUCCGCGACUUCGACUCGGACAGCGGACACAGCUUCUGAACAACGUCCGCUCGCUGCUCAGCGAGCUCCAAUGUGAAGGACCCGCGGCCAGCGGUGAGCAUGGGCUUCGAGGCCCGACGCAUUGA